UGUGUGUGUGUGUGUGUGUGUGUGUGUGGAGGAGGAGGAGCUCUGGAGUGCUGUCCAGCGCGCGGAGCUGAUCUUGAGUUCAGUCGGUGAUCUGUGCGCUUGUGUUGGAGAUGUUGGAUCAUCAGUGUGUGUCUCCAGUCAUCGAGGUCUUUAUUCCGUCUCUCGUGAGGGAAGUGGACGAGACGGGAAAAUUGCGCAAACUCUUCAGGUUGGAGAUUCUCUUCAAUGGAAGGAAACACUUUGUUUUGCGGCGACAUGGUGAAUUUCAGAUGCUUCACCGGAAGCUGAAGAAGAUUCUGCGAGCUCCGGACUUCCCCGGUAAGAGAAACCAGCACCUGCGAACCAAACCACUGGAGCAAAGACGACAGGAACUGGAGGACUACAUCCAGGAGAUUCUGUACCGAAAUGACGUUGUUCCUCAAGAGCUCCUGGAUUUCCUGCAGGUCAAACAUUUUCAUUCGGCCAGCAAGAACUGCAGCUCUGAUGAAAACCAGUCAGAUGACUGUCAAGAGCAGGGAUACAGUUUUAAGUUAUUCAGUCAGCGAGUAGUUGGUUUCUCGUCUGACCCUUACCAGCUUGAAUCCCGAUCAGACCUCCCUGAUAUCGUGGUGGCCGGCGUCCUGCAGGGUUUGUACCCCAGAGACGUCAGAGUGAGUUUCAAAAAGAGCUGCGGUAAACCCAGUGGCCUCACAUGUGCACCAGAGCUGCCCGUGCAUCCCAAAAUCCCCACGAUUACCAUAAACAGAAGCAAUAUCAGCUCACUGCCACAGAGAAUAUGAGUGCAAGAGAGUCACAGAGAAUAUGAGUGCAAUCGCUGCAGUGUUGCCUAGCAACUCCAUCUGUUUAAAUGUGCCUUUGUAUGUUUAUAUCGACUGAAUCUUUCAUCUUUAGGUUUGUCAUAUUUUAUUAUGUGAAUCUCACAAAAACUGUCUAGGUCAUUUUCAUCUCAAAAGCUUGUACUGAAUUUAAUUUUUUUUUUUUUUACCAUAUUAAAAUCAAGUUUUUGUGCUUAUUUGUAACAGAAAACUUAAUGGAUCUAAAAAUAAGACAUUUAAUUUUUUAUUUUUUUUGUGCAUUUAUUUGGUAUUCAGUUCAUAUAUUUGAAUUUUUUUUUUUUUUUUUAGAAACCCUGCCAAUAUAGAUUUAAAUUUAAAUAAAGUCCAAAUGCAGUUAUGCAUCAUUGCAAUAUGUUGUAUUUAAUUUGAUUUAUACAUUUAAGUUUUUUGUUUUGUUUUGUUCCCUUACCAAAAUCUCAUUUGUGCUGUAUUUUUAUUGUCAUAAACAAAAAUCCUAAAAAUGGUCCUAAAAAUAUUAAAUUUAAACUUUUUUUUGCCUUAAUUUCUUAUGCAUUCAUUUUGUGUGUUCAUUAUGUACAUUUUUUUUUGUUUGUUUUUUUUGCAAACCCAGGUUGUCACUGAUUUUGUUUUACUGUGCCAAGAUAGUUACCUGUACUAUAAAACAACUUAAGCAUUUUUAUUAAGAGUAUUUCUAUUGAAUAAAGAGAGUGUCUGAUUUGUUUGUGGUCAAAAA